CUUUUCUUUUUCUUUCUUUCUCUUUUUUUAUUUGCUUGUUCACAUCUACAUCCACGUCCCCCCAUCCCCCAUCCCCAUCCUCCUCGCUAUCCCUCUCUCUAGUCUCUUCUCUUUUUAAUCCUCGCCCACUUUCUUUCAUUAAUCUCCCUUCUAUCUCUUCUCUUUUUAUCAACUCUAAUUUGAUAAAAAAAAAUAAAUAAAAAAUUUCUUCAGCAUCUCACCAUGUCUCCUGCCAUGGCCGAAGCUGCUUGUUCGCACAUUGUGCAGACACUUCAAGGCCACAUCAUCUUCCUCAAUGACCAAGGUGUCAUCACAGACGAAUCUCUCAAAGUAAUCCUGUCAGAACUAUGCAAACUCGAUCUACAAGCAAUCUCCUCACCUGGGACCGUUGUUCCUGCUUUAGCCCCAGCUCCAACCCCACGUUCUCAACCUCGUCAGGAAGCCCAAUCUGAACACAGAACGUCAAUUGAUAAUGACCUACAGAUGCUCAUCCUCCCUUCACGGUCUUCAACCAAUGUAGUAGAGUUCACCAAGCAAUCCCCAACCUCCACCGCCACUCAGAAUAAAGCUCACGAUCAUACCCUUGCCUCUCAAACCUCUCAGCAUAAUGAACGUCAUGAUGAGGACUCUGACAACGAAAGCGAUUAUGAGCUUAGCCAAGAGACUGACCGUUUGCAGCAGGAGCGCCUUCUGAGACUGGAGGACAUGGACCAUGCUCCAGGUGACCACAACAAUACAGAUCUCACGACUGGAGAGCUCGAUAAUCUCCUAGCCACCAGUACAACAGACGACUUGGACCAGGACGAGAGCGAGGUCGCCGUGCUUGAGGAUGCUGAAGCCGACGAAGACCAGAACCAGUCAACGACCCAGGUUGUGAAGGAACGCUCUUUAUCUGUAGCCUCUAGUCCUGUUGUACUUAACACUGCCGUGGUGUCUCCACACCAAGCUGUUGAGGCUCCUCCUGCUGCAGUGCCACAUUCUCAAGGUUCUAUUGCAAGUUCUGUGAAUAAUUCUUCCGUUGCCUUUGUACCUGCUGCUCAGGAAAAAUCUGAAGAGCAAUCAGGAAGGAGCACCCAGCCUUCUGACUCUGGAACAACAACAUCUGGUGUAAACAUUCAAGAGCAUUCUGAGCACCAUCACACACAAUCCCAGCCCGCACAUUAUGAGCAUUCACAUCAUGUCGUCAGCCCUGUCUAUACCCAUGGACAUCCGGCGGAGCCCGUUUCAGCGCAACCGGUCGUUUACAAUGCAGCUCAGCCCAGCUCUGUAUCUUCACCGCCAGUAUUCUACCCAUCCCAGGUGUUCACUCCUCCCCAUCAGCAUCAACAGCAUCAACAACAUCAACAUCAGCAUCAGCAAUUGGAGCAUCCACAACAGACAAAUCCGCCCAAUGUGUCUUCUCCCAUAAGAGAGACAAACAUGUCCAUCUCCGAUAUUUUAGAAGAAAUGGGGGAUACCAAGCGCCCUACACAUGCUCAAGAGCUCUCUUCAUCCCGCCACGUCCACGAAACCUCUGCUAGUACUGCGGAAACCACUGAUGGAAAAGACUCAAUGACCUCCAUUGAUACCGGAAACCAUUCUGAACAGCAUGCACCAACUCCACCCCCAAAGGAUGAAUAUAUCACUCCUGUGACCUAUCAGCCUCCAGUCUUGCGUCAAACACCUCACUCUAAUGCCGAAAUAGCGCCCGUGCCAGCGUCGUCAUCCUUCCCAGAGCAGAUCAUCCCACAACCAUUGGCAAUGCCUGUUCAGGCCUAUCAGUUGUAUCAACCCAAGCCUUACCAACCAAAGUCGAAACCAUCUGUUAAAUCUCAACCUCCAACUCAGUCAUCUCAGGAACAAGUGCAAAUUUCUGCGCAAGCACCUGUUCAAGCACCGACACCCGCACAAACACAUGAGCCCACACCGACGCAGGACAUCACUGCACAGAAUCUGGCUCAUUCGCAAGCUCCGGUUCAACCUCAUUUACAACAGGCGUCGUUCCAGUCUCAAGCUCCUUCACAGCUCCCUGUGCAAGGCCAAGGUCAAGUUAUAUCAAACUCAACUCAGGCGCCAGCAUCGGCACAAACCCCCCAGCACCAGUAUCACCAGACGUUGCCUCAUCAACAGUCAUAUGAUCAGCAGCAGCAGCAGCAGCAGCAACAGCAACACUAUCACCAACAACAACACCCUACCCACAAUCAGUUACAACAUCAACAAAAUAUGUACUUUCAGCAACAGCAACAGCAACAGCAACAGCAGCAACCACUGCCACACCCACCUAUACAUACAGGAAUAGAUUUGCAUAAUGCUUCCAGUGCCGCAGAACCACCUUCAGCAGGCUCCUCAGUAAGUGAAUCGUCAGCAAAGCCAGCAGGAAAGCGCUGGAUGAAUGCUAUCCGUCACUCUUUGCUCCCCAAAGAUAAAGAUCCCAAGAAGGAAGACAAAGAUGGUAAAGGUAACCAGGGUAUACAUCAUGAGGCGGUAGUCACUCCAUCACCCCAAAUGCAAUUUACACCCGGACAGGCUCAAUUUUCUCCUCUGGGUCAGUAUGGUGUUCAGCAGAUUCAGCCACAGCCCCAAAUCCAACCUCAAAUCCAACCCCAGUAUGUGCAAGGACAAGUCGCAGUCUCGUCACCCUAUAGUCUCAAUCAGCCCUUGAACCCUAUCUCCAGCGCUCAGGCAUCUGCUGCAGCAAUUGCAACAUCUCUUCACAAUCGUCAGGAUUCAUUCCAGAGCAACCCUUCCACACCCCAAAUCCGACAGCAAUCACAUCCUUAUCUACCCCAACAGGAACAGAGCCAACAACAGAGUCAUCAACAGGCUCAUCAACAGGUUCAACAGCAGGUUCAACAGCAGGUUCAACAGCAGAUUCCACAGGGUCAACAGCAGGGUCAGCAGCAGAGCCAACACCAGAUUCCACAGCAAGGUCAACACCAGAUUCCACAGCAGGAUCAACAGCAGAUUCCACAACAGGGUCAGCAACACGGUCAACGUCAGCCCCUGCAGCCCCUGCAGCAACAUCAACAACCCUUCCAAGCCCAACAGCCAGGACAGCAGCAAUCAUACCAACAGCAACAGCAACAGCAACAGCAACAGCAACAGCAACAGCAACAGCAACAGCAACAGCAACAGCAACAGCAACAGCAGCAGCAAUCGCACCAUGGCCCCUUGCAGGUCAUCACGGCGUUGACUUCGGAAAGUAACCCAUCAGGAUCUAUGGCUGCCCAGACAACCCGGGACAGACAUACUAAGCAUUUGUCUAACCUUUCCAACACUUCAUUUAAUGGAACUUCGCUGAAGCCUGAAACGCACGAGGCUGCCUCUGCCGCCUCUGCAGCCUCUGCAGCAAUCAAGGCUGCACGUCUGUCGACCUCAUCCUCGCCUGUAGCUUCUCAAAACGCUAGAAUGGAAGGUCCAACCCUCGGUCCCUAUCAGACACCAACGCAGCCUCAGCAGCAGCCGAUGGUCCAGCAGCAAGAGAGCCAACAACCACCUCCAUCACCUGUAUCAGAUGCCGGCAGCCAUAUCUCUAUCAUCUCUGAAUCUCGUAGUAUUCAGGUUAUUGCUCGUGCCCAAGCCAUGUUUGACUUUGCAGGCGAAGACGAGGGCGAUUUGCCCUUCAAGGUUGGCGAUAUUAUCAACGUCAUUGAGUACCUAAAUGCGGAUUGGUGGCGUGGUAUUCUGAGGAAGAAUAUUGGAAUUUUCCCUACGGCAUAUGUUCAGCUCUUGAAACCUCCUACUAACGGCCAGUAUCCGGCUAUCAAUGUCUCUGUCCGUCAGUCCAUAAUUGGCCCAUUAUCUCCUAGUGAUGGCGCCCAACAACAACAACAACAACAACAACAACAACAACAACAACAGCAGCAGCAACAACAGCAACAGCAGCAGCAACAGCAACAGCAGCAACAUCAACAGCAGCAAAAUGUAGGGCAUCAGAACAAUCAGCUUCAUCAGCAGCCUACAUUCCGCGCCAACUACGAGCCUUCAGCGAUGAGCGGUGAUGGUACAUCAGUGCCCACAUCAUCAGCGACUCCUCAAUCAAGCGCCCCUUUCCAGCCUAUGGCUGUGGCUUUGACUAAUGCAAAGACAGGCGGAUCCCAAUCAAAUCUUCAUGCAUCCGAAGAGGCAGGAUCAGCUGGUUUCCCUACUCCACCGCCACCUCCCCCGGUCUCUCAGUCAGCAACAUCUGUGUAUACAUACUUCCCAGGCUCUGGAAACCAACCUCCUAUUUCACCUCCACCAAACAUGAGGAAUAGUGUAAGUCAAGUGCGACCUCCAUUCUCGCAAGGGUCAGGAUCUUUUCAGGGACAAGGCGGAAUUCUUCCGAGUACUGUAGCCUCGCCCUCGUCAUUUGCGCCAAACCAGAGCCAUCCAGUGUCACCUAUUUCUCCACAACAGCACCGAUAUAGUCAGCAGCCAACACAAUACCAGCAGCAACCUACACAGUUUCAGCAACAACAAUUCCAACAACAAGGUCAGUACCAGACGCCAUAUUCACAGCAACCACAGCAACCUGGAUCCUUGAGUCCAGCAGGGACGACAGAUGCCAUUGGGACCCACUCCCAUAUGACGACUAAGCAGAUGGCUGCAGCUGUCAAGAAAAAGUUUGGCUCAAAGUGGUAAUCAGCCAAGCCAAGUGCCAAGUUCUAGCAAAAGCCAGUAAUGACAUCAAAUAUCCACACCAAAAUCAAACAAAAACAAAAAAACAAACAAACAUACGAUAUUGGCUAUAGUUACCGCAAUCAUUGAUGAGCGAAAAAUGAUAAUGUAUCUUUUAAGACUGAAAAAAUAAAAUCUCAACGAGAUGACUAUGUUACCUUG